GGCGGGUCCUGGUUGAUUCCUACCCAGAGCAAUGCCCUAAAGCUGGACUAUAGGCAGACAGCCAUGUUGUCGACUCUCAUCUAUGCAACCUUACACCUCCUAGCCUUCACCUCCCUCGUUCUUGCGGAUACUCCCACCCAGCAACCGCUCCACGAGUACCCAUCCUCCCAAUCCCCAAAACGAGUCGCAAUCAUCGGCGCAGGCGCCGGCGGCACGUCCCUGUCCUACCAUCUUCGCAAAUAUGCAUCAUCUCAACCCGAGCAAAUCCCACUAGACAUCACAAUCUUCGACCGGAACCCAUAUAUCGGUGGUCGGGCCACCAUUGUCAACGCGUUCUCCCUCUCGGAGUACCCUGUCGAGUUAGGCGCCAGCAUCUUCGUCGCCAUCAACCACAUCCUAGUCAACGCGACCAGAGAAUUGAACCUGACAUCGUCAGUCAAGAUAUAUCAAGCUCCACCAGAGGCAAAAUAUGAACUAGGCGUCUGGGACGGAACAUCAUUCGUGUUUACCGCCGACGUCGACGACGACGACAAUUCGUCUGCUCGUGGCUGGUGGGGGAUCGUGAAAUUGCUCUGGAGGUAUGGCCUCGCUCCCAUCCGCACUCGACGGGCCGCCCAGGCCGCCGCAGCAACCUUUAGCAAAUUCUACGAGCCUCCACUAUUCCCCUUCCACAGUUUACAGGAAGUCAUUGAAGAAACCGGGCUCAUCGACUACACCAGCGUCACCGGCACUGAAGCUCUGAUUAACGCAGGAGUGUCGGAGAAAUUUCGUCGUGAAAUUGUUCAGGCAUCGACCCGAGUCAACUAUGCGUCGAAUCUCGAUGCCAUCCACGGUCUCGAGGCUUUGGUCUGUAUGGCUGUCGAAGGUGCCACCGCGGUCGAAGGCGGUAAUGCACAGAUAUUCGAGGCCAUGGCUAAAGUUGCGGCCGAUCGAGUGUUGUUGAACACAACAGUCACAGAUGUCGUCAGGGACGACAAGUCAAACGUAUUCCAGCUUUCAAUCCAGAACCUAACAGACCUCGAAAUGAUUACUCAAGAUUUUGACACCGUCGUCCUCGCAGCACCUUUCCAAUUCUCCAAUCUCAGCUUCACACCACCACUCGUAUCACCACCGAAACCCGUACCCUAUGUUCCUCUGCAUGUCACUCUCUUCACUACACCAUACAGGCUAUCGCCUUCAUUCUUCAACCUCGAAAAUAUCGAAGACGUACCUGCAUCCGUUCUUACCACUCUCCCACCAAAAUCUUCAUCCACCAACCUAACCAGCUCCAUUUCCGACUCAAUCACUCUGACCAACUCCGCCGGUUCACCCGGAUUCUGGUCCAUCAGCACCUUACAAGUCUUAACCGACGUACCAAACUAUCCAGACUCACCACAAUAUCUCUACAAGAUCUUCAGCCCCGCUCCGUUAAAAGCAAGCUGGCUGGCCGAGUUAUUCGACAUCCCAUACAUUACCUCUCCUUCCUCAUCAUCCUCAUCAGAGUCAUUUGAAGAAGGUCAAGAUCAAGAUCAAGAUUCCAUCUCCUCUCUCCCGGACGGGGCCAUUACCUGGUACCAUCAUAAAUUCUGGCAUAGCUAUCCGUACGAGACGCCACGACGACAAUUUGAGGACUUUGAACUUACGAUGCAAUCGCCAACAACAGAUUCUGCUACGUCCUCAUCGAAUCUGUGGUAUCUCUCUGGAAUGGAAAGUUUCAUCUCCACAAUGGAGACUUCGGCUCUUGCGGGCAUGAAUGUCGCCCGUUUGAUUGUUGAUGGUUGGGUUGGUGACUGAAGAAUAUCGGUGGAUGGAGAAUGUGAGUUUGAACUGGGAGGCUGGGGAUUUGCCACUGCUGUACUUGAUAUAGACAUCUCGCGAUUGAUGCCAACGACUCAUUAAUAUACUGAUACGUGACAUCCCCAGGAACCUGAAAUGGUCAGUCAACCCAUGAGGACGCAACUUGUGUGCCCUACUUAGAAUUUCCACAUCUCCCUAUACAUGUGUCUUGAACGCCUUUUCCUAGUCG